UGCAAGCAACCCGGAAGCAGGCAACAGAAGAGCCAGAAGUCUUUUCUACUCAUCAUGGAGAACGGUGACUGGAAGAACACUAAGGAGGCGGUUAGGAACUUUCGACAACUGCUACUUUGCUCCAAAUGCUCAAAUUUAAUGACGGAACCUGUGUGUCUAGGAAUGUGCGAGCAUAUGCUGUGCAGGUCCUGUGCUGGCCCCAAGGCAGGAGAAGGCUGUGUGGUGUGUCAGAGUCCUGCGUGGGUGAAGGACAUCCAAAUCAACAGGCAGCUCAGCAGCAUCAUACAGCUCUUCUCCGGUUUGGAGUUCCUGCUCAAUCCCAUAGAUCAACCAGAUUCCUCUCCAGCCAAGAAUCAAACCCAACCUCAGAGCCCUAUUUUCAAACAAAAGAAGAACUUCAAGAUCUGGUUCAGCCCUCGCAGCCGCAAGGUACGCUGCAUGGUGCAGAAACCUUCCGAGGUCCUCGUACCGGAGAGCACGUCUUCUCCUGGUGCAGCACGGCAAGACACCUUUACUGCUCAAUGCCAAGACCUGUCAGUUUUCAAUUUCACCUCGUCCUCCCAAGACUAUGGCUCAUCUUGUUCUCAAAGUUGCAACAAUGAAAAAGGUAAGAAGGGGUCAACGAAGAAAAAUGCUGCCAUCAGGAAAGUGUCAGUGCGAGGAGCCACUAAGACCACACGAAAACAGACCAAGCAGAAGAUGAAGAAGCACAGACUGGAGGCUAUAAACCAGCAAUGGGGGAUCACCGAGGAGGUAGAUGCUUUAAAAGAAAAGGAGCAGAACUGUGCUGAAGGGGCAAGGAGGUCCAGUAAAAGAGUUUCCUUCCUCAGCCCUGCUGACACCUCUGACGAGCCUCAGCCUACAGUGCCACAGGGCAGUACUAAUGAACUCAUCCCCUGCUUAGGAGCUAUGAGGAAGAGUCUCUUAGAAGGCAGCGUCGCUAUACUGAACGACCAAACCCAGCCCGGUGAGAAAAUGUCGGACAGUGUCGGCCAGCAUGACAAACUGUCUGAAACUAACAGUCCUGAAAAACUGGACAGCGUACCUCCCCCAAAGCAUUCAUCAAAAAGAUCCAGAGUGGAGGAGAAGGUUGCCACGUUGGAGACCACACCGAAAAGGCCCAGGGCUUCUCCUGGCAGGCGGAGAAAAUCACAGAUGUCUCCAGCUGUCCUUAACCCUCUUUCUUCGGCUAGCCCCAGGUGUGACGGGAGCAUCAGAAACUCAAGAGAAGAGCAGGGAGACAGCCCCUCUGUCCCAGCCUCUGUUGGUAGAAAAUCUCCUUCUACUCCUGUUGCAUCUGUUGGACGACCCAGCUCAGGGAGCCCCGCGGUGAUGAAGAGGAACCACAAGGGAGAGACCCUGCUGCAUCUAGCUGCAAUAAAGGGAGAUGUAGAGACUGUCAAGAACCUGCUGGACCAGGGAGCUGACCCUAACCUGAAGGAUAACGCCGGGUGGACACCUCUGCAUGAAGCAUGUAACCUGGGUCACCUGGAAGUUGUGGAGGUGUUGGUCUCAAGGGGAGCCCUGUUGAAUACGCCUGGCUAUGAGAAUGACUCUCCGCUCCACGAUGCCGUGAGGAACGAACAUCCAGCCAUUGUCAAGCUGCUGCUGCAGUUUGGAGCCUCGCAGAACAUACUUAAUCUGCAUGGAAAGAGGCCUGCCGAUUACGCAGUGAGUCCGGAGAUGCUGAAGAUUUUCCAGGAAGCGUCAGAAGGAGCCAAAUAUGCUACUACAUCUCUUAGCCCCUCAACUAAUCUCUCUAUAGUGAGCGACUGUGUGAGGAGGGAGGAAAUGCUGGUGCUUCUGGGCAGCAAGCUGUCAAAGCCAGAACAGGUUCAAGUGGCCAAACUGGGAGAGCUUCUGGGAGGGAGGAUGGCUGACACCUUCUCUGGCUUAGUGAGCCAUGUUGUGGUGCCAGAAGGCCACUUCCCCACCACCAUCUCCUCCCUCCUUGGUCUUCUUGCCGGCUGCUGGGUUGUCAAAUUGAGCUGGGUGGAGUCGUGUCUGCAUGCAGGCAAGUGGAUGCCCGAAAGUGAGCACGAGGCGGGAGAAGGCCCCCAGCGCAGUCGCAUCAACAGAUGUAGCUUGCUCCCGCCACUCUUCGAUGGCUGUUUCUUCUUCCUCCUUGGCUCCUUUAAGGCGCCUUCCAAAGACGAGCUCACCAAGCUGCUCCGGGAGGGAGGAGGUCAACUCCUGAGCCGGCAGCCCAAGCCUGACAGCGAUGUGACACAAACCCUGAGUGCCGCUGCCUACCACGCACUUCCGGGCUCUGACCAAGCCCUCUGCACCCAGUACAUAAUCUUUGACCCCCAGGGCCCUCACAAGCCGGCAGUAGUGAGGAGAGGUAAGGUGUGGUCGGCUCCCUCCACCUGGCUCAUCGACUGCAUCAAAGCCUUCCGUCUCCUCUCCGUGCCAGACUGUCAAACCUCGGUCUGAACAAUCUUUCAUUUAUUCCAAAAUAACUUUGCUCUAAAAAAAAAUCACUUGUCCUUGAGCAUCAUCAUGUUUUUUUCUUUUUUAUAUGGGGGGGGAUUUAGUUGCCAAGAAUCACAUAAACAUUAAAACAAUUAUGUGGCUCUUAAAAUCUGAAAUUAAAGUCUACACCAUAUGUCGUGAAUUUAUUUUUCAGAGCUAAGAGUGUAAUAAUGCCUCUUACAUAUACUCAGAGGUUGUAGGGUCAUGAAAAACCUGGCAUUUGAAAAUAAUAAUUUUCUAGGCCUGAAGAAGUUUUGGAAAAAUAUAUAAACCAAGAAAAUUUUGGAAAAGUCAUGUAAAAUUGUUUAAAAAAACAACUAUAUAAUAGAGUAAAUGUGGUUCAGUUAAGAUCAACUGAGAAAAAAUGUAUAUGUAUUUUUAAGAAUACUUAAAUUUUUGGUCAGAUCAGUUAUGUCAAUUAUGUUACAUUGUUCUCUGUUUUGAGAAACGUCAUAAUGAGAGAUUUCCGUCUUAUUUUUCUUAUACACAGAUGUUUCAGAGAAUGUAUUAUCAUGAAAAUUAGCUUCAAAGGCAUGGAAAAGUCUUGGAAAUGUAUUGGUAUAAAUGUGUAUGAACCCUGUAUACUGCAGAGUUUAAACCAUUGGUUGGACUGGGUGUUCUUGGUCUGUCCCGGUUGGACAUCUCCUAGCUCCAUCCAGAUAUCCAGACUCCUAAAUAUAUUUCUAAAGGUGAGCCCAGCCACACUGCGAAUAAAAACUCAAUUCA